CCUCUCAGACGUUCCCUAAAGACUUCAGACUCCCAGGAUGGGGAGAAGAAGAGGAGUAAAGGAGGUUUCCUCAACCUCAUCAAGUCUCGCACCUCCAAGUCUUCAGACAAAGACAAGUCAGAGAAGAACCAGUCUACUCCAGCUCCAGCCAUAACCCCAGCUCCAGUAACCACCGUCCCCGAGGGGCCUUCCUCCCCUAAGACCUCCCUGAAGAGCCAAGCUCCAGAACCACCAACCAAGGUCAAGGAGGCCAAGACCCAGCCCACUCAUCCCAGCCAGGUCACCCAACCCCUGGACUGCAGCAGCAGCUCAGACAGGUCUGAGGAGCUACGGACCCCAGACUCCAUGGAUGAGGUGUCAGAGGGGGACAGUAAGGGUAGUCCCCAGGGAGGGAGGCGCUACGGGGUGCAGGUGAUGGGGACUGGACUCCUGGCGGAGAUGAAGGCCAAGCAGGAGAGACGGACCUUCGGAUCACAUAAGGACCAGUACGACCAGUCGUCCAGUCCAGACAGCAGUGGCAGCGUGAAGGGCCAGCCUAUCCCAACAGAGAGCAGGUCUCCGGGUGUCUCCAAGGCAGAGGGGGUGGUGGUCGUCGGCUCCCCAGAGAAGAGCCCUCGUGGUGGGGAGGCCAAACCAGAGACGGUCCCUAGGAACCGCAUUACCUCCAGUUCCAGUCCUAAGCCCCCUCUUCAGGGCACRAAGCCAGCCCUCGCUGCCCGACCCUCCAUCCUUCAGAAGCCGCGCACCAGCAGUAGCAGGAGCACAGAUGAGGUCUGUGUCUCCCCUGGAGGGAACGUGUCUCCCAAGGGGGCAAUUCUGCCUUACAGCCUGAAGAGGAUCCCCUUGGACAAGGACAAGGAGGGACAGGGCAGUCCUCUACUGGGGGGCACGGGGACCAACAAAAACCCCUCUGCUCAGGCAGGUAGGUUACCUUUACCCAUCCAGGUAGGAACAGACCUAGUCUCGCACUAUCAUACACAUCAGGUGUCGUUCAUCACUUUGCGGUUGAGGAAGCCUUGGAGGGAAAGGCUAUUUACCUGAAGCGCAGGCCUCUGUUUCCCUCGAACUGUAUCUGUUCUCAGUAGAGAGAGAGAUGUGUCUGACAGCAGAAUAGAUUAUACUUACUGCAUUGAAAAAAAUGCACAAUCACAGUUACAGCUAAAUCUUUACUCGUUU